CACUGCCCUGCCGGGGGGGACGCGGGGGCGUGGGGCGGGGAAGCCCCCGGCCCCCCCCGCGCCGCGGCUCCCGCACGCCGCCGCCGCCAGUGCAGCCGCUCCGCCGCGCCGAGAGCCGCCCGCGCCCGCCGCCCCCGCGCCCCGGCACAUGCCCCCGCCGCCCCCCGGGCCCCCCGGCGCCCCCCGACCAUCCCCGUAGCGCGGGGGCCGUGGCAAGCGUGGAGGGAAGCCCAUGGCCCCCGGACCCCCAGGCCCCCCCCGCACCCAGCCCCGGCCCCGCAGCCCCUAACGCCCCGAGGACCCCCCCGGCCGGCCCCGGGGAGCCCGAGCAGGUCGCCCCCGCGCCGCUGAGCCAUGCGGGAUCGCCCGGCCCCCUCCCCGCCAGAGCCAUGAGCGGCUGCCGGUACAAUGGGGGGGUGACACGGCCCCGGGGCCCCCUGAGCGCCUCCGCCCGCUCCCUGCACCCGCUCGAGGGGGAGACCCAGCCCCUGCGGCCCUGCCCGUCCCCCGGCCUCGAGGUGGUGGUGUCGCGGCCGGAGCAGCCCGGGGGUCCGGAGCCCGGCCCGGCGGCGGCCCCGGGGCAGGAUGGGGCUGAGGAGCGGGGAGGGGAACCCCGGAGGAACCAGAACAUCGGGUACAAGCUGGGCCACCGGCGAGCCCUCUUCGAGAAGCGGAAGCGCCUCAGCGAUUACGCCCUGAUCUUCGGGAUGUUCGGCAUCGUGGUCAUGGUCACGGAGACGGAGCUGUCCUGGGGGGUCUACACCAAGGAGUCGUCGUAUUCGUUUGCACUGAAAUGCCUUAUCAGCCUCUCGACCCUCAUCCUCCUGGGGCUCAUCGUCAUGUACCACGCCAGGGAGAUCCAGCUGUUCAUGGUGGACAACGGCGCCGACGACUGGCGCAUCGCCAUGACCUACGAGCGCAUCUUCUUCAUCGCGCUGGAGCUCAUCGUGUGCGCCAUCCACCCCAUCCCCGGGCAGUACCUGUUCACCUGGACCGCCCGCCUGGCCUUCACCUACGCCGCCUCCGUGGCUGACGCCGACGUGGACAUCAUCCUGUCCAUCCCCAUGUUCCUGCGGCUCUACCUGAUCGGGCGCGUGAUGCUCCUGCACAGCAAACUCUUCACCGACGCCUCGUCCCGCAGCAUCGGGGCCCUCAACAAGAUCAACUUCAACACCCGCUUCGUCAUGAAGACCCUCAUGACCAUCUGCCCUGGCACCGUCCUGCUGGUGUUCAGCAUCUCCUCCUGGAUCAUCGCCGCCUGGACCGUCCGCGUCUGCGAGAGGUACCACGACAAGCAGGAGGUGACCAGCAACUUCCUGGGGGCGAUGUGGCUGAUCUCCAUCACCUUCCUGUCCAUCGGCUACGGGGACAUGGUGCCGCACACCUACUGCGGGAAGGGCGUCUGCCUGCUCACCGGCAUCAUGGGCGCCGGCUGCACCGCGCUGGUCGUGGCCGUGGUGGCCAGAAAGCUGGAGCUCACCAAAGCGGAGAAACACGUCCACAACUUCAUGAUGGACACGCAGCUCACGAAGCGGGUGAAAAAUGCUGCUGCCAACGUACUCAGGGAAACGUGGCUCAUCUACAAACACACCAAGCUGGUGAAGAAGAUCGACCAUGCCAAAGUUCGGAAACACCAGCGUAAGUUCCUCCAAGCCAUCCAUCAGCUGAGGAGUGUGAAGAUGGAGCAGCGGAAGCUCAACGACCAGGCCAACACUCUGGUGGACCUGGCCAAGACCCAGAACAUCAUGUACGACAUGGUCUCGGAGCUGCAGGAGCGCCACGAGGACCUGGAGAAGCGACUGGGAGCCCUGGAGAGCAAACUGGAGGCGCUGGGGCUGAGCCUGCUGGCCCUGCCCGGGCUGGUGAGCCAGGCCCUGGGCCAGCAGCAGAGGGAGCUCCUGGGGGCUUGGCCCCCCCGGCUCUGCUCGGCCACGGCCCCCUGCACCCCCACCCGCGCCCCCCGCGCCCCUGCCGGUGCCCCCCCCGCCUCUGACAGCGGGUGAGGGGAUGGGGGGUGCUGGGGGCACCCCCGGGUGCCCUUUUACAACCUCCUCCACCCCCUUGGACGGCGGGUGAUGGGGAGGGGGCUGUGGGGGCACCCCUGGGUCUUCCUCUGUCACCUCCUCCCUCUUCGGACAGCGGGUGAUGGGGGGGGCACCCCCAAAGUCCCUUUGCACCCCCACCCCCACCAUGGACAGCGGGUGACGGGGUGGGGGGGUUAUGGGGGCACCCCCAAAGUCCCUUUGCACCCCCACCCCCACCAUGGACAGCGGGUGACGGGGUGGGGGGGUUAUGGGGGCACCUGCAGGUCCCCCUUUGUCACCCCCCCACCUCCUCAGACAGGGGUUGGUAGGGAGGGGGGUGCGUGAGGGGGGGGCACAGGUCCCCCUCUGUCACCCCCCCCACCUCCUCGGACAGCGGGUGAUGGGGAGGGGGGGUCUGGGGGGGCCCCUCUUAUGUCUGGCCAUCGUGUGGCUGAUUUCAGUAGCUUUGUUCUGUAAAGCCCUGUAUAAAUUUCCUGCGUUCACUGUGCUGGCUUGAGGCUGGAGCCCCCCCCAGAGCCCCCCCUGCCCCCCCCGGCCGGGUGGGAGCUGAGCCCCAGCCUCCAGGAGGGCUUUUUGGGGGGGUGGGAUGCAGCAACCGCUGCACUGGGGGGGCUGGAGCAGCCCUGGGAGGGGGGGCAGAGGGACAGGGGGGAGAAACCAGGAGCCCUGAGUGUUGUGAGGGGGGGUUUGGGGGCUGCCCCCCGGGUGUGGAGGGGGUGGAGGUUUGGGGACAGGGUAGGGGGACGCCUGGGGGGUCUUGCCCGGAGGGUGCGGAGCGGGGAGAGACCCCCGUGGUGAGAGCAGGGCUGAGCCCCAGCGUGGAGGAUUUCGGGGGUGGGGGGGUGUCUCUGUUCCUGGCUCUGCCACGAAGUGACCUUGGCGAAGUCACGUCACCUCUCUGUGCCUCAGUUUGCCCCGUCUGUAAAAUGGGGGGGGUGGGAGGUGGGGGGGACGCGGCACCGACCGUCGCAGAGCACUGGGAGACUCCUGGAUGCAAUACCGAGCCCGGCCCCCCCCGGGGGUGGGCGAGGACCCUCUGCCGGGACCCCCACAGCCCUGCACCCCCCCGGGGCCGGUCCUGCUCCCCCCCGCCGGGGGAGGGGGGUCGGGGGGGGCUGAGGCGCAAAUUAAAGGAGCCUGAACUGGA